UAUGUCUUUAUGACAUCUCACAAACCACCAGAAGAAGCUUUUAAUUUUAGACGACAUAAUGCAAAUGAUGAGAUGUCAACUCAACAUGAUUGGGGUCAAUUUUAUCGUCAUCUUGAUUAUGUUAUCGAAUUUAAGGGUAUUUGGCACGAUGAGAUGGAUCUUUGUACUACCGAGUUAAUAUUUCAUAAAGGAUCAGAGGAAGAAUUUCGAAACAUGAGAUGUGAUGUAAAAUAUCGUAAAGGUGAAUUUAUAUCUGAGGAACUAAAGAUUGUAGUUCAGGAAUUGAACAAAAACCAAGAUGGCAAAGUUAUCAUUAAAACUGACAAUCAGGUUUACUGGCAUCGUUGUUUUCCCGAGUUCAAGAAAAACUAUCUACGUGAUUAUCCUAGAUGUCACGAGCUUUCUGAUUAUAAACAGGAGCUUUUACAACAAUCACAAUUA